AUGGUCAACCAGACCGGAGAAAUCCUUAAUCCAGGCCGCCCCUUCCGCCUCCAGGUGAAGAAAGGGGUUGACCCUUCUCGCGCAAGGUCUCUUCUGGGACGCAUUCUAAUCGGUACAUUGGAUAAUGACAUGUCAGAUGAGAAUAUUGAAUCCCUCUUCAGCCGUGUACCAAUGCCGAACAAGUUCGCAGAUCCGCCUGAGAGCUGUGUCAACUGGGCGCUCUGUGCUAUAAUGCAUCUACAAAUCUUUGGCGAAGUUGCCAGAUUCGAUCGACGGCUGUUCAGCGACUGGGUUCUUGACUAUGCCGAUAGGCAAUUAUCGAGAUACCAGGGUGAGGCCAUGAUGGAAGUGGCCACAUAUGGCGCGGAGCAAGAGAAUGAGCAGAGGGACAGGGACAGAGUACAGAGCGAGUUGCAGGCGAUAGAUUGGGCUUCGGUAGAUAUUCCGGAAGAGUCACGACCAAACGUGGCCAUGGGUCUGUUGACCCCCGAGGAAUGUAGCAGGGCAUUGGUUGCAUUGGUUGCAUUGUGGGGGUCCAAGUUGCCCGGGGGAAAGAGAAUGGCCAUGAUCGAAGCGCGACAGGGAGCCAUAGACGACAGCUGUCGUCGGCUGGCAGCGGAAAUAGCCAAGCCGGGUGUCUGCAUCGUCAAGCCCAAUCCCCGUCCGUUAGCCGAGAUCCUCUGGGUCAUGAUAAAUGACAUCGACGGGGAGAACCCAGGUGACCUCUAUGGCAGCAUCACUAUUACCGACAACUUGGGCCCUCAAACUAUGUACAAUGUUGAAAAGGGUAAUGCCGUGUCUGUCAGGCCGCGAGAACAUCUGAUAUUGAGCAGAUCUCGGCCUAUCGCAGCGGAUGGAGAUUUCGUCAUCGACCUGAACCUCUGGGAUUAUGACGCCGACGCAUCUCCAAACGACGAGGUUAGCCGAGGCCAGAUUUCAUGGAAAGCAUCCGACACGAAUAAUGAAUACGACAGGGCUAUGCAAAGAGAGAUCAAAGGCGCCUAUGGCAAGGCUACCGUGGACUAUGUCGUGAUGCGCAACGCUAUAAAGGCGGUAGUCCAGGUCAUUCUAGUCGAUGGAGAUGGGGAGAACCCCGCCGAUGUCUUUGGGAAAGUUAGUGUAUCGAGCCGGUUUGUCCAGCGGGACCUUUUUCAGAAAGAGGGCGACGAUAGCAUCGAAGUAUACCCGGGGAAAGCUAUCCCGUUAUCGGGGGCUACAAUGGCCAUACCACUGGACGAUACGCUCACUAUUCAUGUCGAUCUUUGGGACUAUGACUCUGACUGGUCGCCUAACGACCAGAUAGCGAUUUCUUCAGCAACGUUCGAUCCUCAAGGGUCGGGUACGGAGAAAAAGCUUCUUCAAGGAGAGUAUGGCAAGGUUGAAGUGUCAGUUACUUGGGAAGGAGACCAGCAUAAAGGAUGUUAA